AUGGCCGGUCCUAGCAAGUCCCUGGUCCUUGACCCGGCCCUCCAGAAAUACUACGAGAUCAACGCAAACCGCUACAAGUACUUCCGCUGGACCCCGCGCCAUGCCUGGUUCUCGUUCCUCUACAUGGCUUUGAUUCCCGGAACGCUGGGCUACAUUGCCUACAACACUGAGGGCAAGUACGAUUUCCGUGGGAAGAAGAGAGGAGACACGAUUGAGGAGUUCUGA